CCGAGGCCCAAUAAAACCGGGUCGGGUCUAUUGAACCGGUAUUAACUAUUUUCUCAUUGGGUUUUCUCCCUCUUUCUUCACUCUCUGGGUACUUUCGAUUUCUGAAGUCGAGAGACGACUAUGGCGACGAACAAUGGGGACGUUUUGAUGCUGGAGGCGGCGCCGGAGGCUGCGAGGCCAUGGGCUAGUGCGGCGAAUGCAGAAGUUAUCGAUGCGCUUCCUUAUAUAGACGACGACUAUGGCAAUCCCUUGAUUAAAUCGGAGGUCGACCGCUUGGUGGAGGAAGAGAUGCGUCGGAGCUCUAAGAAGCCAGCUGACUUUCUCAAGGACUUGCCUCCUCUUCCGAAGUUCGAUUUCGAGAACUGCCCAGUUCUUGGCAAAGAGUAUGAGCGUGUUCGAGCUGGGAAGCCUCCAGUGCGGAUAGAUUUUGAAUCCCGAUACAAGCUUGAAUUGCCGCCUGCUAAUAAGAGUAAUGAUGCUGCUGCCUGGAAGCAGUAUCUUCAGAAGAAUCAGCGGUCAUUGCAACAGAAGCUGAUCGAGCUUGAGAAUUUGGAAUUGAUGUCAAAACUUGGCCCCGAGCUUUGGAGACAGAACAACCAUCGGCUAGAAGUAUUCUUGACCAGAAUGCAAAGACUGGCGCAGGAGCAGAACAAGGAAAUUGAAAAAGUAAAUCGGGAAAGGAAGUAUCAUCAGCAAACCACAUCAUACGAGCUCAAUGCUCUAUCUCAAGAAUGGAGACAGCUCUGCGUGAAGAAUAUGGAGAUUCAGUCUGCUUGUGCCAUGCUUGAGACACAGAUGGAUUCGUUUAAAAAAGAAGCUGCUGAAAGGGGAUGGAACUUAGAAGAGAAACUAGAGAACGUCGAGCCACUUCAAAUGCAAUGAGGCGCCUCCCUUGCUGGAUUUUUACUGAUUCUUACGUAAAGUGGGCUCAGACCCGAACAGCUGUUGGCCAGUUUGGUUUGAGUUGUGCGCUAGAGAAUCAAAGACGAGAGACAGUUUCAGUUAUUUGGCAGUUUUGUGAAAUCAUCUGCUUCCCUGUCUAGUGGUGUGUGGGACAAGUAAUUGUUUUUGAAAUUAUCGAAAGUUCGAAACUCUUUAAUUUAUUGAAGCAUAACGUUUACGAUUUGGCAGUGAAAAAUGAUGUUGGUUUAA